UGACGGUGACUUGAGUCUUAGGACAGAAACCACUUUCGGGGUUUAGGGCAGUGACUCAUCAUCAGCCGCAUUCUGGAGUAAAAACCGCCAGUUCGUCCAGAGGGUUUUCCGGGAACGGCAACUGGCCAACGCGUUCUUCCCUCCCCGCGGGCAGAGAGUGGGAAAGAGGUAUAGAGAGAUGAAAUUUGGUUGAUGGCGAUUUCUGAAUCGAUUUCAGAGUUCAGAUUACGGAGUCAAGUUGGAGAUGAAUGGCAAGAGCUUCUUCUACCCGACAACUUCUCAGAUCCAGACCUACCACCCUCCCGCCCUCUUCUGAUCCCCUCGACGCUCCGGCUCCUUCUUUUGUUCGCAGUUUCAAGCUUCUUAACAAGUCUCGUGCCAUCGGACACCUCUUCCAAUUCCACUCGAGGCUCAUCACUUCCGGUCUCUUUCGUGAUCCCUCUUGGUCUAUCAGAUUAUUGAAGUGUUCUUCUCUUUUCGGCGAUGCGGGCUACACACUUUCCAUCUUUCGCUGCAUCGGCAAGCUCUAUUGCGCCAAUACCGUCAUCAAGGCGUAUUCCAUAUCUUCUUCUCCCCAACAAGCCUGUGGUUUUUACUGCGAGAUGCUGAGAUAUGGUUUUGUUCCCGACAGUUACACCUUCGUGUCGUUGUUUGGCUCUAUCGAGAAAACAUGCUGCAUUAAUUCCGGCAAAAUGUGUCACGGUCAGGCCAUUAAGCACGGAUUCGACCAAGUUUUACCUGUUCAAAACUCGUUGAUCGCUAUGUAUGCCAGUGGUGGGGCUCGCGAGCUUGCUGAUAAGGUGUUUGCUGAAAUACCGAAGAGGGACAUUGUGUCCUGGAAUUCGAUGAUUUCCGGGCUGGUGAGAGAUGCUGAUUUGGGGUUUGCCCAUAACAUGUUCGAUCAAAUGCCUGACAGAAAUGUAAUCUCUUGGAAUAUCAUGAUCAGCGCUUAUCUGGAUGCUGGCAAUCCCGGAGUUUCCCUUAAAUUAUUUCGACAAAUGGUCGGAGCAGGAUUCCGUGGAAACGACAGAACCGUGGUCUUGUUACUGAGGGCUUGCGGCAGAUCAGCUAGGCUGAAGGAAGGCAGGUCCGUGCAUGCAUCUUUGUUAAAAACGCUACUGAAUUCAAAUGUAAUCAUCGACACUGCUCUUAUCGACAUGUACUGCAAAUGCAAGGAAGUCGAGUCAGGACGUAGGAUUUUUGAUAGUCUCUCGCUUAGGAAUGUAAUCACUUGGAAUGUGAUGAUAUUGGGGCACUGCCUUCACGGAUAUCCUCAGGAUGGCCUUGAGUUAUUUGAAUCCAUGGGCAAUCAAACCAAGUUUAAAAGACGAGAUUCUACAUCUGAGCUCAUUCCCGAUGAAAUCACAUUCAUAGGUGUGCUCUGCGCAUGUGCUAGAGCUGGGCUUGUUUCACAAGGCGAAAGCUACUAUACCCAGAUGGUCGACGAGUUUGAGAUUAGACCCAAUUUCGGGCACCUCUGGUGCAUGUCUAAUCUUUAUGCCGGUGCUGGGCUCGUUCAAGAAGCACAAGAAAUGCUGAAGAAGCUGCCAGAGGAAGAUGGGAUGCCAGAAUCCUCGAGAUGGGCAAGCUUGCUUAGCACAUCCCGUUUCACGGGCAACACGGCAAUGGGGGAGAGCAUUGCCAAGCUCCUGAUUGAGGGGGACCCGCUCAACUACACUUACUAUCGUUUGCUCAUGAAUGUCUAUGCUGUGGCUGGGCGGUGGAAGGAUGUCGAAAGAGUGAGAGAGGUUGCAAAGGAGAAGAAGGUCGUAAAAGUGCCUGGCUGCAACCUAGUGGACUUGAAGGAUAUAGUCCAUGACCUACAGCUCGGUGACAAAGAGGCUGAUUCGGUCAACGCCGUGGUAAAUGAGUUUUGGUCUUGCUGAACAAUUAGCAUCAGGGCCCCAAAAGCUCUUGCGGCCAUGGCAUUAACUUUGUUGCCAAUGGACAAUGCCGCUGAGAGACUGCCUUGUCACGCGGCCCGGGUGGUGCUUGAUAACCUCUAAUACCAUUCGCUCUCGGGCAGAGUUUUUCCUUUUUCCCUCUUUACCAAUUGAAAUGAUGAGAAUUUUUGGAUGAGUUUUAAGCUCUUGUCCUUUUUUUCCCC